CAUCAAACUCCUGCAGCGGGAAACAACCUGUUCACCGCUCCCACAUUCCUGCAGCGAUGAUGGCGUCAUGAAGUGUUCCUCAAACAUCACUGACAUUCCGAUACUUACAUCAAACCCUCAUCAUCCACAGGACUGAGCUCCAAACUCCUGACGCUUCUUACAGCAGAACCAUCAUGAUGUUGGAAAUCUACCUGGUAAUGACAAUUGCUGCCAGUGCUGUUUCUCAAGAGGCAGAAGAGCCUGUAUCAUAUACGUGCACAGAAGGCUAUGAAUAUGAUCCCAUUAAAGAGGUAUGCAAAGAUAUUGAUGAGUGUGCCCUUGUCUCUGAUGCCUGCAAAGGAGGCAUGAAGUGCAUAAACCACUAUGGUGGCUACCUCUGCCUCCCUCAGAAUGCCCAGAUUUUUUUCACUAAUGGAGACGAACCAUCCCAGCGCACAGACCCUAUUCCCCAAACCCCCCUACCGCUAAACCCAACUAACCCACAGACCCCUCAAACUUGCACCCAGUCAAACCAUAGAGGUGUAGCAGCUGGAGCCACACAGUGCUUGCUGGGUUUUACACUGGAUGAGCAAAACUACUGCCAAGAUGUAGAUGAAUGCUCUCAAGGCCUACACACCUGCAAUGCAGACCAGAUCUGCUAUAACACCAGAGGCUCUUACACCUGUCAGUGUCAUCCUGGAUACCAGAAACAUGGAGAACAGUGUGUGGAUAGAAAUGAGUGUAUGCUAUCACACUACUGCAUGCACAGAUGUGUGAACACUGCUGGCUCAUAUCACUGUGAAUGUAAAGAUGGCUACCAGCUCGCCAGCAACAACCACAGCUGUGUAGAUGUGAAUGAGUGUGAUCUGACUCAGCCGUGCCAACAUCAGUGCUUCAACCUCCUGGGCUCAUAUAUCUGUCAGUGUGAUCAGGGUUAUGAACUUGCGCCGGAUUCAGUCUCUUGUGUGGACAUCGAUGAGUGCGCAUUCUCCAGCUACAUGUGCCAGUAUGUGUGUAUUAACAGCCCCGGUGGAUAUUCCUGCAUCUGCCCAGAGGGAUAUCAGCUGCAGAGAACAAGAAUGUGUCAAGACAUCAAUGAGUGUGACACAGGCCAUGAGUGUAGGGAAGAUGAGAUGUGCUGGAACUAUUACGGAGGUCAUCGCUGUUACCCUCAGAACCCGUGUCUGGAGCCUUACGUGCUGACAUCGGAAAACCGGUGUUCAUGCCAGUCUGCGGGUGCAUGUCGAGGCCUGUCGCAGUCUAUUGUUUACAAAUAUAUGAGCAUUCAUUCAGAGCGCACCGUACCAGCAGAUAUCUUUCAGAUUCAAGCCACAAACAUCUUCCCCAGUGCACACUACACCAAAACUAUAAAAGAUGGAAAAGAUGGCAAAGAGUUCAAGAUAAGAACAUCAUCCAAUGUUGGUGCGAUGCUGGUCUUGACCAAGUCCCUGGAGGGCCCUCAGGAGCUGAUCGUUGAUCUGGAGAUGAUCACUCAACACACAGUGAUGAACUAUCGCUCAAGCUCUUUACUACGGCUCACCAUCAUUGUGGGACCCUACCCCUUCUAACACUACUGCUGCUUCACACAUUUAUAUAUAUCCAGACUGCUUGCAUUAAAGUUACACGCAGCGACGGUUAGAUGUUAUAAACUGCUGACUGUUCUAAUGUGUCUUUGUCUUGCAGUCAUAAAAAAAAUAACCUGAAUCUUAUUCAGGGCUCCAGACUGCCACUAAAAUGGUUGCCAAUGUGACAAAAAAUAACAUUUUAUGUUGAUAAUUUAAAAUCUAAAAACUUUAUUGGUUUUGUCAUAUUUCAUCAUCGUCUGAGGCCAAGUCGCAUGGAGAGAUGGUGUUGAGAGGAUAUUUAGUGUGAUGGAUCUCCUUGAUCAACCACUGAAAAGUAUUCAUCAACAGAAUAGAAUGGAUGCUUUUGAAUGAAUUUCUACUGUAUAUGAAGGAUGGGUGAUUGUUAGUCACACACAAGUACAGCACAUUUACCAAAAGCAUCAUCUUAUUGUGAGUUUAUUCACAUUUGCAAGUAAGAGCUCUGCUUGCUUUCAGAGUUUGUCAGUUAAAAUACUGGGGACCGUUUAUAGGUUUGAAAACAAACAUCUCAAACCGUUAGACAGCCUCUGCAUCAUGAACUGAUGUGGUGGGAAUAACACGACUGGUGCCAUGCUUCAAUAUAAAUGACACACAUUUCCAUUACUAAACUAUAACCAUUACUAAAAAUGAGCAGUUAUGUUCUGUAACAGUUUCAUAUCAAAUAUAAAUUGGGAUUCUUUUUUAAUCAGAAAUUUGUAAACACAUUGACGAAAACUCAUUUAAGCCACAUCACAGGAAAUUCACAUUUUUAAAUCCUUCAACAAUUGGCACCCUUUAAUUCCAUUCCAAAAUUCUUUCAUUUGAUUGUAAUCAACAUUAUACUACAAAUGCUUAAAUUUGCAGUUUCAAAUCUUGCCUGACUGACAGGCUUUUAUUUUUUAUUUUUUUAUCGGAGGCAUAUCAGUAAUAAUGGUGUGUUUGGUCUUUUCAGAGUGAAAUAACAUCAGAUAGAUUACUGCAGCUGCUUCACCAAAACUAAUCAGAGAUUACAUUUAAUUGCAAGUUAUAGGGCAGAUCUUAAAUGGAGUAUAUAAGCGGUUAGGCAUAAAUUUGUAAUAAUGAUCUUGAAAAAAAAAAAAAAAAAAAGUAAAUUCCUAAGUACAUUCUAAUUGUCCGUUGUCAUUUUUAAGUCUGGAGCCCUGCUAAUUUAAGAACAAGCAUUUACUCAGUGCCAUGUCAUAUUAAAUGUUCCUGCAAUUGUUUGCACUUUCAUUCAUUGAUCUGAAGGUGUACGUGACUGAACGACUCUACUGUAUGAACAGCUUUCUUUUGCUGACUAUUGCUUAACUGUUGUCAGCAGACAGUACUGUUUUGCACAGUAAUGUUGAGUUACAUCUACCUAAUUUUUUUAUUUUUUUUUGAAGGGGCACAAAUUUUGGAGUCCUUUCUAUCUAACCCGAACCUGUAAAUUUUGGUCACUAAUAGAUAUAAGAUCUUUCAGUUGAUGUGUAUUUUGUCAAACAGAGAAAGUGAAAGUAGUGACCUCUGGCCAGCCCCCGGUAUGGGUAUCAUAUGUUGGUUUAUUACAUUGCUAACCUAUGUUUUGCACUGAUGACAUGAAAAUAACCUGAUUCUAGCUGUGCAAUUUCUCAUAAUUCAUCUGCUUUCAAAUAAAUAGGCUUCAGCCUGACAUUACUCACUAGCUGAAACACAGAUAUCUCAGAGCUUCUAACAAGGAUGAAAAAAUAAAAUGUUAAUAUCCUGUUAUAGAACUUUUGGUCUUUAAUAAAAUGACCUUGGUUAUUUGUACGCUGAACAAAAACAGUUAAAAAUAAAGUGAAAUACAUCUGU